AUUAUUUAGUGGAUUUGCUUCUCGUCCAAAAGCAUGGGUUGGAGAAGCAAAGGGGGUGGGGGUGCUGACAGAGAAUCUCAGUACAGCCUGUUGCCUGGACUCCAUUAGAAAGCAGCAUGUCGUGGCUCUUCGGCUGGGGGAAGAAGUCUUCGCCGCCGGUGGAGGAGCAGUCGGCGGCUGCUCCUGGUGAAGGUGGCGGGGGAGCUCCUGGAGGUUCAGGGGGUGACAAACCCAGUGAUAAAUGGAGCAACUUUGACCCAACUGGGCUGGAAAGAGCUGCAAAAGCUGCGAGAGAGCUCGACAAAUCACGUGCGUAGAAAUAUUACUUUAACUAAACUAAUAUUCAUUGAAAGAACUAGAUCUUGUUUCUAGUAUAUUUUUUCACAUUUACUUUAAUAAUUUAAUCUCCAGUCUGUGGAUAACUAGAAUGGACAAAGUUUAUGCGUUAGCACGCGUUGUACUUUUUAGAAUGGGAGUCCCUCAAGCCGAAUCCCAUUCAAAAAAUAUUUAAUUUAAGAGCUGAAUGUCUCUCGGGUAGAUGUACACACCUGCGACUCAAGUUUUGAGAGCUCUGCAUAACUUCCAGGUGUUAUUAUUUAAUUCGGGGUACACCUUUCAGACUAUGCAGCAAUAAAAUAAGUAAUAAUCAAACUUUAAAAAACUUUCUAGGGACCAGCCGCUGGUAAAAGCUGCAACAAUUUCGCUCUCUGUGCGGCCUUUGGUUAAUGGUUGUAUUUAAUUGCUUGCUUUUUGUUAAGUUUUGAAAAUGGACUUUGACAUAUCAUGUUACAGUCCUCUCAAGUCCCCUUCCCCCUACAAUGCAGUACAUGCUUGCAACAUGCAUGCUGGCCUGUUUGACCUCCACACUGCACAUGCAGAGUUUUGGUGGGCGUGUCAGGAGCAACCAGGGAACAAAGUGUCCUUGCAAGAUCAGCCUUUCACCUGUCCCACACAUCAUACCUUGUCAGUAUGUGCAUAUGAACAUGCUUGCUGCUUUUGUUACUGUGUGAGGGUAUUUUAACCCAGCCCAUGACAUAUGCAGUGCAAAGUUGUUGUUGUUCAACCUUCAUUUUCUGCUGUACUUUCUAUACACUGACAAACAAGUGUAGUUUUGCAUAACCUUGUAGCAGCUGUGUAAAAGUUAUUACACUCAGAAGUCUAAUCCAUAAUUGUCUGGGUUGUAAAAUGUAAAUGGCUUAAUGAUAGAGUUAGUUUUUUCUUAAUUAUCACCACAGGACAUGCCAAGGAAGCACUGGGGCUGGCUCGCAUGCAGGAGCAGACUAUACAGCUGGAGCAUCAGAGUAAAGUGAAAGUAGGUGCUUGAGGAGGGGGGACUAAUUGUGUAGUCUGUAUGAAAAGAAUCCAUAGCACUGUAAAUGAUUAUACUGUCAAUGAUCAGACCACUGAAGUGCCUCUGGUCAGUGUCAGAAAGCCUCUACUGUUCAAGAUGCUAAUUAAUUAACCCUGAACCAAGGCAAAGUACUUCAAAACAAAUGAGCGAAUUCACACUGUGUACAGGAUAUAAAUGUCGCAACAUUACAUCCAUUAAAAAAGAAAAAGUCAGGUGUUAGAUAAACGAGGCUGGAAAAACUCUCCAACACAUAACCAAAUAGGAGAAGCCCAUUCAGGUUUUUUAAGUUCUGAAAGUUUAAGUAAUAAUAUCAUUUUAUUGUGAAUGAUUUUUUAAAAUUUAAUUUACAGCCAAAAAAGUUAAGAAAAGCAUAUUUAACACCCAACUUAGUUAAAACUGUAGUUAACUGUGGGGAGAAAAGAAAAAAAAAUAUAAAAAGGUGUAAAAAAAAAUUACACUUGUGACUGUGCUAUCUCCUUCUUCUGUAUUAAGAGUCUGAACUGUCAUACCUCAAAGUUUGAACAUUCAACAUGAAUUAAACUCUUGAACAGGAAUAUGAAGCAGCUGUGGAGCAGCUGAAGGGCGAGCAAAUCCACCUCCAGGGUGAAGAGAGACGAAAAACACUUGCAGAGGAGACGAAACAAAACCAGGCGGUACAGUAUAGCGUUCUUUUCUGACAGCUGAAUUCAAAGUUUACAUGGAGUUAUAAACAGUUAAUGUAUGAAUCAUUUUCUCUGUCACCUCUAGAGGGCACAGUACCAAGACAAACUUGCCAGGCAGAGGUAUGAUGAUCAGCUUAGACAGCAGGUAAACCUUUGAAUACACUCUUUAAAGGUACUGUAUACGUGAGUACCUGAAGAGCACUCAUCAAAAGUUUGUUUUUUUAAUCAACAGCAAUUCCUCAAUGAGGAGAACCUUCGCAAACAGGAGGAAUCAGUGAUGAAGCAAGAGUCCAUGAGAAAAGGUAGAAAACAGAAUGCACCCUUGCAUUUACACAUUAUUCACCCAACAGUAAAGUGAAGUUAAAGCUAUUUCAUUAUCAUCUCUUAAGAUGAAUAAGUUGGAAUUGUUCAGUCUUGUCAAAAAGAUAAUGUUACUACUUUCAUGUCUGCCAAAGUCCACUGCAAGGCUGGUAAUAAAUGUGUAAAUCUUGUUAGCCUCUUCAGCGCAAAAUGUAUUUUUCCCAGUAUAGAAGCUAUAAAGAAUAAAGGAGCUGUUUAUUUAAAUAAUUUAAAUCUAGUUUUGCUUACAGUAAUACCUUUUUAAACUGCACUGGUAAAGGUUAUCCAUGUUAAAAGAGGUUUAAUUUCUGCCUCCUCUCCUCCCAGCUACCAUUGAACAUGAGAUGGACCUGAGGCACAAGAACGACCUGCUUCGUAUUGAGGCCGAGGCCAAAGCCCGAGCCCACGUGGAGCGGGAGAAUGCAGACCUGAUCAGGGAACAGAUCCGGCUGAAAGCUGCAGAACACAGACAAACUGUCCUUGAAUCUAUAAAGUGAGGGCAAAAUGACACGGCACCUUCCCUAAUCUUCAGAGUAACUGACAUGUUAUCUUCUAGUAUCUCUCUCAGCUGUUAAACCGAAGUCUCAGAGGGCGGCUCUGAGUGUUUUGGUCUACAGGGAAGGCGGUCGGUGUGAUAAUUGUGUUUUGUUCUUGACAGGACGGCCGGGGCGGUGUUUGGUGAGGGAUUCAGGGCCUUCGUCUCCGACUGGGACAAACUCACAGCCACGGUAAAUCCAUGUCAGAACUGUCAAACUGUUAACACUGUAACCACAAGAGGACUGCAGAGGAUUAUGGGAAACAGUGCCCGUUAUAUUACAUGUUUUCUGCAGAAUGUGUAUAGAUGUGGUGUUUUAUGUUUUUUUUGUUGUUGUUGUUGUUGUUGCAUAGGUUGCUGGUUUGACGCUGCUGGCUGCAGGAAUUUAUUCUGCCAGGAAUGCCACAGCUGUGGCUGGGCGCUACAUUGAGGCUCGUCUGGGAAAACCCUCUCUGGUCCGAGAAACAUCGAGGAUAACUGUUGGAGAGGCUAUCAAACACCCAAUUAAGGUCAAACAACAUCCACAUGUUCUUGUUUUUAAUAUUUAUUGUGGGGGUGUUGGCCUGCCUCCACACAUGGCACUUAUGUGCACGCUCUUUGUGUAAAUAUUAUGCACUUUUAAGCAUUUUUGGAUGCAAAUUAAUGUGCUGUACACUGAUUUUUUCAUUAUUUAUGAUUAGAAAAACUGUUCACAAAUAACAGUGAAAUGUUUGGGCCCUCAUUUUAAUUUAGUUUUUCUGCAUCAGUCUGUAACAGCUAGCAGCCCAUCAGAUUUAUUCUCUGGCAAGCAAUUGUUUAAAUGGAUUCGCUAAUUCAUAUUUUGGCUGCAGCACAUCCAGCGUAUUACACUAAAUGGACAGGAUGCAUGAAAAUUGGACAACAUGAAAAUGGUUACAUGAAAACGCCAUCAGCAGACAGCCUGUGUGGAGUGAACGAGUACAUUUUAUUUUCAGACACCAGAACUAUAUAGUUUGAUAUGUGAUAAACAUAGUUAUUACCUGGCUGUCUUACCAAUCAACCGGCCUUAAUAAAUACUUUAUUAUGAUUGGUCAAAAACCUACAAUCAGGGUUCCAACGCAAGUAUGGAAAAGUAUGGAAGUAAUUUGAUCAAUUUCCAGGUCUUAAAAAGUAUGCUAAAUGAAAAAUAAAGUAUGGAAAAAUAUUCAUGCCUCCAAACUACUUCCACAGUUCUAAAAUACUGUUUUCUUAAGUAGAAAAGUAGGUUUUUCCAAAAAUAAUUCUAAAAAGUAGGGUAUGGAAAAGUAUGGAAAUUCCAACUGUGUAAGAACCCUGUUCAAUAACUGCUGUUAGUUCUUAAUAGGAAAGGAGACACUGGACAAAACUUGAUCACGCAUCAGACACAUGAAAUCCAGUCACAGACAGAAGUUACAACACAUAUAAACUUUACAAAUACUCUCACUUUAUUGGGAUUAUUGGGGCUGAUAUCCAGUGCUUUGCCCAUUAUCUGCAUUGGCCUUUCAUUUACAAAUGGGAUAAAAUUGACUAAGAAGUAUGUUGUUUUUUCUCUCUUUUUUUGCGUAGGAGUUUUUAUACUCCGAAUACAAAAUUUGACCAAGUUUUUCCAUUCCACUGUAAAUACCUAUCAACUCCAAAUAUCAGUUAUUCAUCUCAUGAACUAUGAGUAUUGUUCUUGAGAAACCAAUGCAAGUCAUUCUCUAGCUGGUGUUUAAUGGCUGACUAGUUAUUUGCAGCGACAAGAAAAGGAGGAGAGAAAAAACAGGAUAGAAACUAUUAAGUAUAAAAUAUACCAAGAGUCACUACCUCGUGAUUUAGGGUUAAAAUGUUGAGGCUUUUCUUGGCAAGUACAGUAAAUACUAAACUAUUUUUGUUAUUUCUUUGUAUCUUUUUAAGAGCUCAGAUUUAAGACCUGUUGCCUCAGAAUAUCUCCAAAAUUAUUUCUGUUCACAGCGUAACUUCUCUCUUUUUAUAUUUUUAGACAACCAGGCGCCUGAGGAGCAGACCACAGGAUGCCUUGGAGGGCGUUGUGCUCAGUGUGAGUCAUUGACUGCUUAAAGUUUUUGAUGCAUUGAGAUCAAAGUUUAGGUUAAGACUGUCUAAGAAAAUACUUAAUCUUUUGACUGUGGUGUGGAUCACACAGGCAACUCUGGAGGAGCGUGUUCGGGACAUCGCCAUCGCCACUCGGAACACAAGGCAGAACAAAGGCUUGUACAGAAAUAUCCUGAUGUACGGGCCUCCUGGAACUGGGAAAACACUCUUUGCUAAGGUACAACACACAGGCACUCUCUUUUUGCUCUCCUUCAUUUGUCUUGUUUUCUGAGUAAUGCACCUUUACUCGGACAUCAUAGUUUGAUAGAGGUGCUCUGACUAUCUAAAGGGAUAUUCUGACAUAAGAUUAAGGUAGGGUUAAACACGUAACACAGAGUUAGUUACUUUAGUAACGAUAGCACGGUUUCACCCACUCUCCUCCAACAGCCUCUUGUUUGUGGGUGAGCCCUGACGAGUCAAUCACAGAGUGUAGUGGAGUUUCGCAGCUCAAGAAGGAACAUUUAUGAUUAAUUCAUGGAAACGCAAUCAGUCCGAGAUGCUAAAGCAGAAGAACUACCGCGUCUGCAGUGCAAAAUGAUGAUUAUGAUGAUUUUUACUUGAUGGAAGUGAUCCGCUGCACUCAGUGAUCGACUCGUCAGGGUUCCCCUACAAACAAGCGACUGCUGGCAGAGAGUGGGUGAGUUGUGUGUGGUCUCUUUGCUAAAGAAACCAGGCAAAGCUGAAAAGAUGAUUGGUGGCUAGUGCUAUGGCCCCCAUAUGUACUGUAGAUGAAUUUAGGUGCUGUUCUGAGCAUUAUUUGUGGCUAUAGAGUGGCUUUUUGGUUGAGGUUUGCGCAUUGGAGACAUAGACCACUGUGUAUUGCUAUCAUGCGGUCGUUGCUAAAGUUAUUAUAAUUAGAGAAGCAAGCAGUCGGCAACAUUCAUCUCUCGAUGGGGCAUCUAACUCAUGUUGCGGUGUGUUUGACCAUGACUUAAAUUUAUACCAGAAUAUCCCUUUUGAAUAUCCCUUGGAAACUUCUUAGCUAGACAAUGAAGGACUUGAUGGUUUACUUGGCAAAGAUACCUGACCAUAUGAUACAUUCAUUUAUUACUAUGUGAGAGUAUUCAUUCAUUUUAAUUCGGUUUUUAACAUUUAUUUUCUAUUUAGCUUUCAAUGUUUUAGGUUUCUCAUGAUUCCUUUUUUCCACUUUUACCCCCCAGAAACUGGCUCUUCAUUCAGGGAUGGACUUUGCCAUUAUGACAGGUGGGGACGUGGCCCCCAUGGGGCGGGAUGGAGUCACUGCCAUGCACAAGGUGUUUGACUGGGCUGGCACCAGCCGCCGAGGGUAGGGCAUUUUAAUCUGCUCCCUUUAACAGCCUGUUUAAUAUUGACCCUGGAAGUUCAGCGGUGAAGACCAUAUGUUGUGUGAUAUACAGAGUCGUGUAAUUAUGCUGGCUAAUUACAUUAAAGGCCUUAAAGCGAAAGGUGCUUUAGAGCGCAUUCCCUUUGAUGUUCUCUGAUUCUCUGCAGCCUCUUGCUGUUCGUGGAUGAAGCUGAUGCCUUCUUGCGUAAGAGAGCCACAGUGAGUUCAGCUGCAGUGCCAUAUGCAUGGUGAUGACGCGCCUGUGUUUUAAUCAUAUAUUCAUGAGUCAUUAUUUUUGCAUCACAGGAGAAAAUCAGUGAGGACCUUCGAGCCACCCUCAAUGCAUUCCUGUACCGCACUGGGGAGCAGAGCAACAAGUUGGUACCUUAAAUUAUUCACCGUGCAUGACUGCGCAUGAAAAGGUUUUUGCCAUGACGGAAAAGGUCACUGAUCAGGUCUAAGCAGACUCACCAUUUUUUCUCAGGUUCAUGUUGGUGCUCGCGAGUAACCAGCCGGAACAGUUUGACUGGGCCAUCAAUGACCGCAUUGACGAGAUAGUGAACUUUGCGUUACCGGGUCUGGAAGAGAGGGAGAGGCUGGUGCGCCUGUAUUUCGACAAAUUUGUGCUGGGUCCUGCCACUACAGGGAGACAGUGAGUCCACUUACUGUAUUUCAAUAACUGCUAUUGCUGCGGCUCCAUCGCCGAGGUGAUUUACUGCUGUGAAUGAAAGCAUUGGUCCCCUGGGGUAGCCUUGCCGGCUCAAGUUGCAUAAUGGUGUUUAUAAUGUGUUCAGUCCUGAAACCAAAGUGGUGUAUGAGUCUUUACUUACUGCUUCAAUGAAAUGGUGUUUGAGUCCACAGGAAGGAGCACAGAGGUUACUGCAGAGUGCACUGGCUAGUUGAUAAAUGAAUUAGCGAUCAAUGAUUAAAAAAAAAAAAAAAAGUCAUAGCCCCUUGCUCACUUUCAAUUCAAUUACUAUUCAAACAUCUUGUCCUUUAAAUCAACAGGAGACUGAAGUUGGCUCAGUUUGAUUAUGGCCAGAAGUGUUCAGACAUCGCAAAGCGGGCUGAGGGUAUGUCCGGCCGUGAGAUCUCUAAACUUGGUGUGGCCUGGCAGGUGAGUAGGAUUGGGUGUUUUCAUAUAAUACAACCCUAAUUCCAAAAAGUGGGAACACUGAGUACAAUGUUGAUAAAUACGGAAUUUGAUGGUUUGCAAGCAUUUAAAAGAAAAAUAAGUUUAUUGAUCCCCAAAGGGAAAUUCAAACCUGUAUUUAUUAGAAAAAGUGUGAAGACAAGGGAUCAGAUAUUAAAACUGAAAAAAAAAGAUAUUAUGAAAAAUGUGUGCUCAUUUCAAAUUUGAUGCUUGCGACACUUCAAACUUGGUGGAAAGGCAACGAAACACUGAAAAAUUUGUGUAAUGCUUAAAGAGUACUGUGAGAAACUGCUCCCGACUUACUGCAUUCACCUGUAAUCUCAUACUGUGGUGCAUUUAUUUGAUCAUAUAAUCAGUGUCAUAAUUGGAGAUACAUGCUGUGUGGUGAUUAGAUAUUAUUAAGUUGCUUUUGUAGUGAAGCACUUUCAUCAUACUGAUAAUGUCGCUGUGAGGGUACCUGAUGUUGUUGUAUAGUGGUUAUGUAUUGUUGUUUAGCUGUGUUUUUAUAACAUAGUGUUUGUCUUUAACAGAAAUGUUGUCUUUGUCUCAUGUCCAGAGACUACCAAUAUAAUAAGCUCAUAGCUAACUGGCGCAGUUAAACAGUCAAAAUAAAUAUACACACAAAAUGAAAUAAAUCUUUGGCAGCUAGGUAACCUGUCUGGACCUACAAAGGCAAAAGUCUGAGUCUCUCCAAUAAGAUAGGAAGAGGUUAACAAAUCUGUGAGAGACAAUGUAAGCAAUUAGUUCAACAAUUUGUAAAUAAUUCAGGAUUUCAUCAUUUGAUGAAGGUUCAAAGACUUUUGAGAAAUCUCUGAACAAAAGGCCAAAAAACAGCACGGAUGGAUGGAUGACUGUAAUCUCCAGGCAAUGGGUGGCACUGCAUUAAACAGUCAUGACUCUGUAGUGGAGGUAACCACAAAAGCAAAUUCACUUCCAAAAAGGUGUGGCUGGCAUUACAUUUUAAAAUGAGCGCACAUUUUUAGAGACUGUGUGAGCGAUUAGUUCAACAAUUUCUGAAAAAGGAUUUGAUCAUCUGGAGUCAGUUAUAUCAUUUUAAAAUUCCCAGUCUGGAGAGACAGGGACAAGACUGAAAAACCAGUACUGCUGCGCAGUGGUAUUCAGGCCCACGGGCAGCAUCGUAUUAAAACAAUCAUGACUCUGUAGUGGAAAUCACUGCAUGGGAACAAAUUUACCUCCAAAAAGAUCAUUCUUACAUCAAGUUUAAACUACAAAAAAAAAACAUUUCAGGACAAAUUAGAUCUUUUAAGUCCAACUUUUGACAUGAGGCUUCAAAUAUAAGCAAACCAUCAAAUUACUUUCUUCUUAUCAUUUUCCACACUGUAUUGCUUUUAAAAGACUGACGGCACAUUUCCACUAUUCAUCAGAUUUAAAGCUAAGCAUUAAUUACAUUUAUUUCUUUGAAAGGCUGCUGCUUACUCCUCUGAAGAUGGAGUCUUGACCGAAGCAAUGAUUGAUGCAAGAGUCGAUGAUGCCGUCAUGCAGCAUGCACAGAAAAUGGACUGGCUGCUGAUGGAAGCAGGUGAAGGGGUCGGCAAGGUCGGUGUCAUCAUCCCCAAGGAGAUGGCUGCAGGAAUUGCAACCCAUGAGGCUGCUUCACAACCCGCACAAGAAGCUACAGCCCCAACCAUACAAGAGAUUCUUCCAAUCGUAGAGGCUGUGAGCAGCGCUGCCCAGGCAGAAACAGCAGCAGCAGCAGCAGCAGCAGCAGCAGCUGCACCUUCAGAGGUGGAGGCAGAGGGGAUCCUUAAAGAGGCAGCCACUUUGGUUAAAGAAAGUGAAGCUGUAGGAGCAGCUGAAACCAUUGCUGAGACGGCUGCUGCUGCUCCACUGGUGCAGGAGGCUGAGGCCAUCAAGGACCUGACUGAGGAGGUUCAGAGCACUGUCAUUCCUGAGGUGAAAGAUAUCAUCGCUGAGGUUAAAGAGGCUGAGGGUGUCCAGGCUGCCACUGUCCAAGAAACUGCUGCCGUGGGUAAAGAAGAACCAGCUGCUGAAGUAGCUGCACAAGAGAGUGAGGCCACAGAGGUGGUCAAGGAGGAAAAGGAUGCAGAAAAAUUAGCACCCGAACCAGAAGCUGCAGUAGCUGGACUCUCUCAGGAGUCUGUUGCUCAGGAAGCUGAGUCAGCAGCUGUGGAAACAGAAGCUCCUGCGGCUGCCACAGAAGCUGGAGCCGAAGCUGCAAAGGUUGUAGAGGAAAUCGCAAGCAACGUAGCUCAAGUUACGGAAUCUGUAGCAAACAUAGUGAAAGAGGCUGAAGUUAUAGCAGCUGAUGUGGCCAAGGUGGCUGAGGCUGUGGCAACCGUCACCGAGGAGAUCGAGGCAGCCGUCAUCAAGCAGGUUGAAACCGUUGAAGGUGAAGUUGCAAAGGAAACAGGUGAGGUAGUAACAGAGUCAUCUGAAGUUGCUAAAGAGGUAGAAACAGAAGUGGUUAAGGAGCCUGAAAUGGCAGCUGCAGAGGUUGAAACUGCAGUAGCGGAAACUGCUGCCAAGGAAGCAGAAAUCAUCCCAGCAGAAGCUCUUAAAGAAGCAGAGGCCAUCACAGCUGAAGUCUCCAAAGACGCUGAGGCUGUUGUACCAGAAUCUGCUGUAGAAGCUGAAGCCAAAGUGGAAUCUCAGGCGACAGAGAAAGAUCAGACUCUGACUACAGAGACUGCUGCCAAAGAAGCUGAAGUCAUCCAAGAAGACAUCCCCAAGGAAGAAGUCAUCUCUGCAGAGUUAUCAAAAGAUGCAGAAACCACAGUGGCUGAAGUUCCCAAGGAAGCAGAAGUUAUUCCACCUGAAGCUCCAAAAGAUGCAGAGGUCACAGCAGAAGUUUCGAAGGAUGCAGAGAUCGCACCUGCUGAAGCAUCCAAGGAGGAAGACACUGUGCCCACAGAAGAUGCAAAACUGCCUGAAACUACUGAUACUCCUGCUGCUAAGGAAGCCGGGUCUGAAACAAAGUCUGCAGAGUCUGUUGUAUCAGCAUCCCCUGAGGCUCCUACCACUGAAGAGGCUGAUCCCAGUCAAACCGAGAAGCCUCCUUCAGACAAACCGAGCGGAGACGACGGCAAGAAACCACAGGACAAGCCAACUGAGACCAAGUGAUCACGCUGAAUCUUUCGUCUCUUUUCACAUAUGAACUCCAGAUAUUUUCCAGAAAAUUGAGGACAUUCAAGCCCUGACUAUUUCAGGGUGCACAACCACAACUCCUUUUACUCCUCUUAGUCUGGGUGAUGGGGGCACUUGGUAGAGCAUACAGAAACAGGAGGAGGAGUCUGUCAUAGUGACCUUAGGAGGAGGAGUCUGUCAUAGUGACCUUAUUUGGGUCAAUAUCACAAGAUCAGUUUUCACUCUUGCACUAAAUUCCUGAAAACUGCCCGGAAAUAACCCUAAAUAUGCAUGUGUGAACACAAAGAGCUGAACUUUUCACUCAGACUUAACUGACUUGUCUUGGUACGUAAAUAUCUAUUUUAUAGAUGAUUUCUGAGGAAGUGUGUCCCAGUACACCGACAUCCCCCUUUUUUGACAGUAGACUGGUGUGAACCUGCAAAAGUGACCAGAAAUAGACAAAAAAAAAAAAUCAAAAGUCAGUGAGAGUGCCUUGUGCUCAUUAUGUUGAGAAUUAGGAAUAAACUAAAUGAUAGGAGAGAGAAAAAUCUUUAGCAGUUCUAAAUUUUGAAAAUGUUCAACCACAACUUCUGCAAUUUGUAUUUGACAUCAUGUCUAACAUCCUGAGAUCCCCUGACACACACCUGUACAUCCAGCCUCAUCCAACAGGGGAGACUUAAUGCUGUAAAGGGACGUAAAAAUAAUCAACUCAGGAAAAUUACUGACAGUGCUCCUGAGUUUUCUUAAAAAACUUUGUGAGUUUAGGUCUGUACACAGCACCACAAUUCUCAAGGAAAUUUCUGCAGAACAAACCCUAUGUUGUAAAAUCAUUCAUGGACAAAGCAGAGAUGAACAUUUACAUGAACAGUGUAAACACUCAGUGCAUUUGUAGGGUAACAUUUUCCUAACAUUCACCCUGACUUUGCACAGACAUUUUACAAGGGGUAAAAAGUUUAGCUGUUUGUGUUUACACUUGAACAAUAAGUGAGAGAUUUAGAGGAUUGCAGCACAUGUGUGAGAUGAGGUUUGAUUAAACAAUUUUGUAAAUGACACUGUGGGUCUAAAAAAAUCACCUUUGUUGAUUUCUGUGUUUGUAUCAACCUGCUUGUAAUUGUCUUGCUGUGAAUAGCACAAUUAAGGUUGUAAUUGGACUUGGGACUGUAGGAGUUUGAGUAAAGGUAUGUGUGGACCACUAAGACCCUUGUCUUCUGCUUUCUUACUGUCUCUCCUCUGGGCAUCAGUACCAUAUUGAGAGUCUGUUUCUGUCUGACAUUUAGAAAAUUUGCCCUCUAAGGGGAAUUUUCAUGCAUGUUAGCUGACCAGUUCUGGCAAGAGUUCAACUACCUGUCUGCUCAGAACAUCCUUCCCUGACACUUGUUAGAGAGAGCGCUUGUGCAGCUGAGGCCUGCCCUUGACAAAUGUUUUUUUUUUCAACCUUUCAUAGAAGGACUGUGGAUUCUGCCAGAGCCUCUUGUAAACAUAGUUUGGAGGUACUCUGUUGAUUUGAAUAUGAUAACGUUUACUGAGUGUUGGUAAAAGACGAGGUGACAACACUUCUUCAAAUUUAAAUGAGCAUACAUUUUUCAUACUAGCAUAAAAAGCUUAGUUUUGAGAGCUGAUAUGUUGUUUGUGCAAUAUUCUCUAUUGAACAUAUACUCUUUGAAGGGUUUGAAAACCAUCAAAAUCUGUUUUGAUUUAGUAUUUUUGGAACAGGGGUUGUAGAUCCACAGGUUCCUUGACAUCUUUGGUCUCUUGCAGCCAGUCAUUUAAAAGAAACAGUGUCUGGAAAUAGGAAUAUUUAUCUGCGGGUCAGACUGUAGAUUUAAAAGCUCCCUUGCUCACCCCUCCUGUUGGUUAAGCUCCACAAGGACAAGUUAACCCAGUGAUACAUGAAGAGUAUGAUCCUCCAUUUGUCAAGUAUUUAACCAUCAUUACCUUCUUUGCCUUCAAACUGCUGCAUUUCCUACAUCGACUGUAUAUGACUGCAAAUGCUAGUUUGUCCAUUUUGUUCAACUGUAGAAACCUGGCCGUGCAAGAUGGCAGCCUCCAUAGAAGGGGACCUGCCUCUUAUGUAGAUGGGAACGGCUCAUUCUAACUUAUGAAAAACAACACUAUUUCUAUGUUUAGGUGAUAGUAUUUGCUGUUUCUACCAAGUCUGUUCUGCUUCAUGCUACUAAACAUGACACAGUGCAUCUUUUAAGUGAUUUGCAAACACAUCCGUUUCUUGCACCUGUGCAGUUUAGAAAACUCACUGAUAGUAGCAAUUAGGUGAAUAAAGGGUUGGCGAUAAAAUAACUUGCUCAUGAACAUAGAGGAUUUACAACCAGUGCAGCCUCUGCACAUGGGGUACCUGCUUUACCAGCUGAGCUAACAAGGGGUCCAUUUAUUAUUUAAAGCUCCUGUUUUUUUUUUUUCAUGAAGUAGACUGAAUUUCAUAUUGAUGCUUUUUACAAUAUACAAAAUGACCCAUUAGCAAUAAGAUUGAAAACGUUUAUACUCAGUAAUAUUUAAUACCUAAAACCAAUGCAAUGCAGAGUGUUUACAAAUUAUUUAUGAUAAAUGGUACGUUUGACAAUCUUUUUACAGUGAAAUGUAUCGCUCACUAUGAAAUAUUUGUUGAGGGAAAAGUAACAAAGGCUGCUUCUUGUGGGUGACAACCCCCUUACAGCAGUUAUAGACAUAAAGAAUGACAAUAUAGAAAUUAAUCUUGCUAUCUUUAGUCCCAUUUGCUUUUGCAUGUCAUAGAGAUGCAUCACUAUUUAUUUUAGUCUGUUUUAUGACCAAUCAAAAACUCUUCACAGGAGCUUUAAACAUACUUGACUGCCAUAUUGCUGUGAGAAUGGUGCUGAUAGUGACAGAUAUGGCAAAUCAAGGUUAUUCUUAUGCAUCUUUGAUAGAUAAGGUAAUUACUUUUGUCUUAAAAAUAUGAGAAAGAUGAAUAAUGAUUAGUUUCAGGUGUAGAGAAUUUGUCAAAGAGUCAUUGACAUUUUGGAUGACUGUAUGUAGUCACUAAAAAUACCGACCCAAGGUGAAAAAAAUCUGUUCAAUGCCUUCACUGUUGCUGGGACGAGUCACACUGUUCCAGUAAAUCACACUGGAGGGCUUUUCUCAGCAGCGUCAGGAUGUCAUUGGCAUUGUUAGUCAUCUCAGAAGUGUUGUUAGUCAGUGCUCAUGAAAUUUCUAUCUGAAUUAUUAUAAACAGAGCUAAAGCUGUCAGCAGGACCUCUCAUAAUCUGUCUGUUGCUGCUGCUCGGAAAUAACCUCUUACUAUGAGAAUGUGUGCUCAUCUUUGCUCGUAUGGUGGGAAUGACACAAUCAAACAUCAGAGGUCACUGUUGUGCUUCAAUGGCACUUUUAAUAAAACAGACAUUUCAUCCUCACAACAGCAAUGUCUGGACAGAGAGGACGAGGGGAGGGCUGGGAGAGGGUUCCCUCUGCUGAUAGGCUGGUUGCUCCUGAUAAGUGUGAGGGAAUUGGAUAAAGAAAAUUGAACUGUGCUGUAGAGCACAGUGUGAGGAAGGUGGAGGUGUUUUUGUAUGUGUGUGUAAGUGUGUGUGAAUAUGUGUGUGUGUGUGUGUGUGUACGUGUUGAACUGACUCAUCUUGGCUGGCAUUUAUUUCUCCUCCUGUGUCCACUAAAGGAUGACAGUAUAGCAAAGAGAACCCCAACCAGAACCCCUCACGCUCCCCUCCCCCUCACAUAUUUACAGGAAAAAUUAAUACAUUCAGUUAAUUCACUAAGUAACAAAGCUAAUUAAUCUGUGUUUUUAGCAGAAAUCACAUGGUUUCACAUCCAAUUUUCAAACAAACUCGUCUUUCUGGUUCAUUCCUCUAAUCUUUACGCACACAGCCCGUCAUUAAUUUUCUAUUGAUAAACGACUCACACAAAAAUCCCCCCACGCUCCCCCUUUUAAAGACUGUUAAAUCCCACUUUCCCGUAUUUAUAACUAUUUACAGAAGCAGCAAUCUCAACCAUCACAAAAACCCACCCACCCAGCAGUCUCAUUCACCCCUCCCCACGCCAACAAAGUCCCACU